UCUUUUCCCUCUCAUAAUCUCUCACUCAAAAUUCAAGCGUUACAUUCUCUUUUAGGGUCACCGCUCACCAGAAAUUCUUGAUUUAAUCAAAUCCAAUCAUCAUCUGCGAUAGGAUCUCCAAUCGUCGAUCACCUUCGCACGGUACUGAGCAAGAACACUUGCAAUAUCGAAAGUUCACGGUAAUUUUCAGAAUACUGCCGACUCCAUGUUAAAUCAUAAAAGUGAGCAGUUUGCGCGCAUUGAAACAACGUGCGGGUCGUUGCUAUGUGAAUUGCAGAAAAUAUGGGAUGAAGUUGGGGAGGCUGAUGGCGAACGGGAUGCAAUGCUUUUAGAUCUCGAACAAGAAUGCCUCAAGGUCUACAUGAGAAAAGUAGACGAGGCAAAAGAAUGCAGAACUAAAUUGCAACGAGAUAUUGCAAUUGCCAAGGCGGAAAUUUCAGAUAUCUGUGCUUCCAUCGGGGAGAACCCAGUGCAUCGUGACUUGAAGCCUGGGGGGAACUUGAAGGAAGAGCUUGAAGCCAUUGGUCCGUUGUUGGAGGACAUGCGUAGGAAGAAUGUGGAAAGAAUUAACCAGUUUAUUGGAGUUAUAGAUCAAAUACAGAAAAUAUCUAACGAGAUUUUGGGGUUUAAAGAACAAGAUGGAAAUAAGUUGCUCGUUGACGACACCAACCUGUCUCUAAGAAGACUAGAAGAAUUACACAGGGAGUUGCAUGAACUUCAAAAUGAGAAGAUCAAUCGUUUAAACCAGGUGCAAGGCCACCUAAAUACUAUAAACUCACUGUGCACAGUUCUUGGUAUGGAUUUCCUACAAACAGUUUGUAGGAUCCACGCUACCUUGGAUGAUUCUAAUGGAGCAAAAGAUGUAAGUAACAAUACAAUUGCUAGGUUGGCUGCUCAAAUUCAAAGUCUGCAAGAGCUAAAGAUAAAGAGAAUGCAGAAGAUUCAAGAUCUUGCAUCUGCCUUGUUGGAGCUUUGGCAUUUGAUGGACACACCGGCAGAGGAACAACGCAUGUUUCUGAAUGUUACCAGUAAAAUUGCAGCUUCUGAACCAGAAAUUACGGAGGCCAAUAUGCUCUCCAUUGACUGUAUUAAAAAUGUUGAGGAGGAAGUUUCUAGGCUGGAGCAGCUCAAAACAAGUAAAAUGAAGGAAAUUGUUCUGAAAAAGAAGGUCGAAUUAGAGGAUAUGUGCAGAAGGACUCACAUGGUAUUGGAAGCGCUUAUUUCAACAGAUUAUUCGAUUGAAGCUAUGGAGUCUGGUGCCAUUGAUCCUCUGUACCUGUUGGAACAAAUUGACCUUCAGAUUUCAAAGGUUAGAGAGGAAGCUUUCAGUCGUAAAGAAAUACUCGAGAAGGUGGAAAAGUGGUUGGUGGCAUGUGAAGAAGAAAGCUGGCUGGAAGAGUACAAUAGGGAUGACAACCGUUAUAAUGCCGGAAGAGGUGCACACCUCAGUCUGAAACGUGCUGAGAAAGCUCGAGUAGUUGUUAACAAAAUUCCUGCAAUGGUGGAGGUUUUAACUUUAAAAACCACAGCUUGGGAGAAAGAGAGAGGAAAUGAGUUUUUGUAUGAUGGAAGACGACUUCUUUCUGUGCUCGAGGACUACAGCAACCUAAGGCAAGAGAAAGACCUAGAGAGGCAGAGGCAGAGAGACCAAAAGAAACUUCACGGACAGCUGAUAGCAGAGCAGGAAGCACUUUAUGGCUCAAAACCCAGCCCAUCAAUAAGCGGAACGAAGGCUCCGAGAAUGUCGACAGUCGGUGCCAGUGAUAGAAAACUCUCUCUAGGUGGAGCAAUGCUGCAGCAAGUAAAGCCUGAAAAACCUGCUACUCGUCUCCAUCCUAAUAAGAAGGCUGAUUAUUUGAAUCAAAACAGCUUCCUAAAUCACCAACGAUCCAGUGGCUUUGCAGCUCACUCUGUUAAGAGAAACUCUGAGGUUCCUGGUCGUGUAAUAAAAAAGCAACCCUUAAGUGCAGCAAAGGUGCGUGAGAAUGAGUCACCAGCAGUUCGAAAGCCUCUUUCUCCCGUUUCUUUUGCAGUGAACUCCAAUGCCAACAUUGUGAAUUUCACGGAAGAUCAGAAGAAAGUGAAGAACGGACAAAGACUAAAUCCUGGCUGCCAGACACCAACGGGAGUACCUGCCAAGCCAACCUUGAUUGGUGACGAUGAAAACAGAACCCCGAAGGCAAUGCCGAUUCCAAUGCCAACAACUCCAUCAACAGUGUCAGCUCCUAUGCUUAUGGCAAUGACGCCAGCUACUCCAGCAACUCUGGGUGCUUACAAAGUUGAAAAUGUGUUGGAACGAGUCCAACAAGUUGAAUACUCGUUUGAAGAGUUAAGGGCUGGGUUUGUCCUAUCCUAAGGCCCCAGUAAAACCCCAAUGUGGCGUGCGUCAAGUGGGACUGAUCUCCUAGUCAACCUUUUUCAAAAAACGAAAAAAAGCAAAGACUUCCACUCCCCACUUGCGUGGUAACAAAGUCAAUUUGAUUGGCUUUUUUAGUGUCAAAACCCAUUUGACUGAGAGUGUUGAUUUCGGAUCAUGCUUUGGACAAUAGACAAAGGUUCGAUGAA